GACUAGUUGCGACGUGGAAAUCCUGAACGGGGACGCACUGCAGCCUUCUGGAUUGGAGCUUUUCAUCACCAUUGUCAACGAGGAGGCCAACUGCACCAUGCAGGACUUCAAGACAAAGGCCAACCAGAGGAUUGUCAACAAAUCCAAGAUAUCCGAGGAGGCGUGCAGCCAGCUGGACAUCCUGUCCUCCACAAAGAUGUGUGGUGGAAAGUUUGAGUCAACCACGAUUGCAUUGAGUUGGGUCUCAGAUUCAGAGGCUGUCACUUGGAACAAUGACAGGUCCCUGAUGAAGCAGAAGAUCAAGUUCAACCUCACCUGCAGCGACAGGAUUUGGAAUCCGUUUCCCUUAUCGGUGGACGUGAAUUCCUACCCGGACGCUGACGUUGGGAAGUUCUUGUUUAAGGGCUGAGGGCAACGAUCCCACAAUGUGUCACAAGAUAUGUCACAACGUGAUCCAUAGAAGUACGGCAGCGAUCGGAAUCGAAAGGGUGCUGAGCACGAAGCCAAUUGUCAUUGGGGCGUAGGUGCCCUGAUGUUGAAUCGCCAGUCCAAAAGGUGGGCCUUGGUGCAUUUGCGCUGGAUGGUGUCAUCAGAGUCCCCAGUGGAACCAACGUGCCUGUGCUACACAGAGUAUCACACAGUAAAGGCAAAAAGAAUCGAAAAGAAGUGACCUAGAG